UUAAAGUCAAAGUAAGUUUAUAACGCAGUUUGAAAUUUGCUGCAGUCUUUGUUGACUCGUAGUUAUUUCGUUUUGAUGUUACUUUUUUGGUAAGCGAUAAAAGUCUUCUAAAAAUCAUCUGUUCGAAUUAACAGUUUGUUGUCUGUGGAUGACGUUGGAGGAGUGAGUACGCGUUAAAAUCCUUUUGAGCUGCUUAAGUUUUUAACAGUAAGCUGUAAGUGUAAAGCACUUCGAUUCUCCCAAAUUCUGAGAUUUUCAAUCUGCACGCUCCGAGUUGUAAAAAAUUUCUCUCGUUGUGCUUGCGUGGUGAGUGUGAGUUUCGGAUUAUUACAGAGUACAGACUACAGACAGUUGUUCAUUUAUUAGUAAUUAGUCUAAGUUAUAACAUAAUGGUAAGUGCAUCGAAGAGUUCAUCUCGAGAUCAUCCGUCGCAAGGCGAUCUGGAGCCGAAAGCUCGCGGACCAUGGACAACUACGAAAAAGGAGAAACUGUGGAGAAAGAAAACAAUCAUCGAGAACCAUUUCAACACGUAUCCGCGCUUCGGGACGAUACGCCGGUCAUAACUGUGCGGGGCGGUAGCAAAAUUCAGAGUUUGGUGGAUGUUGCGUUGUCGAAACUCAGAGAAAACAUUCCGGAGCAGCAAAAGUUCGUAAUUUUCUAUGGAUCAGGACCGGCCAUUAACAAAACUAUAUCCUGUGUUGAGAUAUUCAAGCGGCGAGUGAAGGAUCUUUAUCAAAUAAACAAGCUUGGAUUUGAGGAAGUGGAAGAAAUUUGGAAUCCGAAAAUUGAAGGAUUGAAUGUGUAUGUGGCCUACUUAUUAAAGGUGUCUCGAAAAAUUCCGGCUCUUCAUGUGUUGCUGUCCAAGGUGCCCUUACCGAAAGAUGAGCCAGGAUAUCAGCAAUAGGGCGGGUAUUCGGCAUCCUUAUUUUGCCAUUUGGAAAGCAAUAGACUGCGAUUCAGCCGCAGAGGAAACUCGAUUUUCCGCGUUCGCAUUUCCGCUGUCGUUUGUACUAAUGGGACGAGGAAAAAGUUGAAGCAGUACUUUAAGAUCGUAGCUGAUUGAUAUGCUCACAAUCAUUUGAUUUUUUUUAAUGACCUACUAUUUUGUACGGAGCCCGCCGGCGCCGAGAGCGAUAACAGAUUCUUUGUAAGAAGUUGCGAGAUCUUCACCUCUGGGUGAAUACAAACGGAAAGCCGGCCUGUGUUCAGGGCAGCCUCAUGAA